AUGCCGCCCCCGCCCGUCGGCCCGGAUGCCGCCCCCGCCCGUCGGCCCGGAUGCCGCCCCCGCCCGUCGGCCCGGAUGCCGCCCCCGCCCGUCGGCCCGGAUGCCGCCCCCGCCCGUCGGCCCGGAUGCCGCCCCCGCCCGUCGGCCCGGAUGCCGCCCCCGCCCGUCGGCCCGGAUGCCGCCCCCGCCCGUCGGCCCGGAUGCCCCCCCUCGUCAACCCCGCCCCUGUCGUCGGCUUGUGUAAGUCUGGAAGAACCAGGAGAAGUUACACAGAUAAAAUUCAGCCCCACGACAGACGGUAUGAACUCGCCGCCCAUGGGCGUGCUGGUGGAUGGGGCAGGUCUCGUAAAACGUGAAAUACAACAGACUAAGAACUAA